AUGCAGACCCUUGGUAUUAAAGCAGCCGCGCCGCCGACUAAGGGGUUACCGGGUGGGGUGGUGGUGGUUGGGCGGGGCGGGGGGGGGAGGGUGUUCCUGCGCCUGCGCGCGGCGUCGCUUCGCUCCGCCCCCGAAGCGCGGUCAGAUGACCCGCCCAACCGGCGUCGGCCUAUAAAGUGUCGGGUGUUGACGUCAGCGUUCUCUUCCGCCGUCGUCGCCGCCAUCCUCGGCGCGACCUAG